CUGGGAAUAGGGCUGUGGGUCGGGGGCUGCCUGGGAAUGACGUCCAUGUGUCCAAUUUGAAGGGCUGGAGAGUUUCCUGCACGCUUUUUUGGGUUUAGGGAAGGGCCUGGGUGCGAAUCGAAUUUCCAGGGCAUGUAAAGACUCCAUUCUGCCAGAACUGUCUGCACCCAUCUUGCGCUUGGCGUUCCCUGCUGGAUCAGGUGAAGGGCAGGAAGCAGCAGCUGCCCUUACUCAGCUGCCGCCACCACCACCACCACCACCGGUAGUGCUUGUGACAGAGGCAGCCCUGCUGGGAGGCCAAACCAGAGCCUGCUGGAGUCCAGACCUUCCGGGCCUUUGUUGACUAGGCUGCCCUCUGGGGCCGGGACCAGCAGAAACACCCUCCUGGCCAGCCUGUGUGGCUCCUGGGCCAGUGGAAGCGAAUGGGGCUGCCUGCUCGGCGGAGGCUGCCUUGGAGAGAAGCAAGACCGUCAAAGUGGGUCUCGGAACCUCCUUGGGAAGCUGGAGCGCUUCCGUCUCCCGGCAGGCCCCAAGUGGAGAGGCCCUCGGGCAUGGGGAGCGAGGAUCUCUGGUGGGGGGCGCCUGGCACUGCUGAGCUCAGCUAAAGGCCCUCGUCAGUGGGGGGCCACCGGAGGCGCUCCUUGUUGAGGAAAGCCCAAGACAGCCCCGCUGAGCCCUUAUCUCUCGAGCCCUUAUCUCCAGGCCCGCUUUCCAUGAGGCCGGCUUCCUUCAGGGGGUGGGCAAGAAACCACAGAUAGGAGGGAGUCAAUGUUCGUCAGCAUUUCGAGGAAGGGGGAGGGGUAAAAAAAGAUCCCGUAAGAGGUCAUAUGGGAAACCCCCUGCUCUCCACCAAGCCCCUCAUUUGGCUGAGGAAACACUCCUUGCCCCACCCCACAGCUGUCACUCAGCAGGACCACCUGCCUUGUUCCCUCCCGGCAUCUGGGGAGGGGGGCUGCCCCAAAGGAUAAGGAGCUACCUGUCUUGAGUCAGGGGUCUGGGUGCAGCGCAAGAGUGGUAGGGUCAGGUGACUGGAAUCCCCCUCCCCAAAGGAACGCUUCCUCUGUGCUUGAUCUUCCGGGACAGCCGUAAGUCCCGUCUGCCCGAGGACUGGCAGGCGGGAGAGCGCGUCUCCCUGGUCUGCCCAGAUUCUGGGCGCUGCAGCCGCCUCUCUUCUGGGCCAGCUGGACGUGUAGCCCAAGAAAGGAGGCUGCGGUGAAAACCAGGAUCUCCACUUCCCUGGCUUUGCCCCUGGGGAAGCCUUUGCGGAUCUCCUGGGGCUCCCGAAGGCUUUGUGUGGGGUCCCCAGGGGGGGCCAUGGCACCCUGCCUGAACCCCUGAGCAGAGCAGAGCCAGCACACAAUGGAAGUAGCAGCUAGGGGAUGGGCCUGGUGGCUGCAAAAGGCAAUCAAGGCCAACCCACCCUGACCUCCAUGGGGAGAGGGAGGAAGGCCAGAGUGCUGGCCAUUUUUAAGGUGCCGCUGGGCCCUCAAAGCUUUGGAAACCCACUCUGGUGGGUGGGCUGUGGGGAUUGGGCUGAAAAGGGGUGUGGCAGGGUGGAGUUUCCCAUCCCUCGCACGGUUUCCCCCCUCCUGGCGGAAGAAGCCAAGAGCAGGGGAGGCAGGGAAGCCCCCGGGCUCUCUGGUCUGUCCAAAGCUGGAGAGUCCAGCCACGUGGACCACAGCGGUCCCUCUGCCUGAACUUAGGAGCAGCUGGGAAGGAGUCCGAAGCGCAAGGACCUGCAGGCCCCCAAAGAGUGCUGAACUGGAGCUACCCAGCAGUGGCCGGCCAGCUGCCCCCAAACAGGGCUGGUGAGCCACAGUGCCCACCAUUCAGGUUGACUAGUUCGCCUCUCCUCACCUCCUUGGUCCAGCUGGCUAGAUUGGUGCUUCUUGCUUCAUCUCCUGGCAGCUAAAUUUCACAGGUGGCCUCGGUGUGCAGGUGAAGUUAUCCCUCCUUUUGGCUACUGGAUGAUCCCCUUUAAGUGGGCAUGGAGGCAUAACUGUCCUCACUGAGUGUAUCUCCUCUUUUUCAAGUUUUGUUUCAAGUCACAUUUCUUCCUACAGAGGAACAUCCGUUCUUUGAUGGCUUUUCUGACAGAAAUAUUGGCCAGGUUCCUGAGGCUCUUCCAAACACAUUCUUCCUACUUUUCAUAUCUUGUCAGAAAUCUAGCUCAGAAUCCAAAAGUCAGCUUAGCAAGUUGCAGCAUUCUGUCUUUUUGUAGGCAGAAUGUCCUUCAGUUAAGGUGGUUCCCCCUCCCUCACUUUCCUGGCUAGCAGGUCAUAAUUGCUUGAAUUCCUUCAAGGCUGUGCUGUGUCUUCCAGUCUGUCUGUCGGCCAGGCUCACAGGUACGAAUCUGGGGGGCAGCCGAGUCCUCUUCAAAGGCCAUCCAGCCACCCAUCGACUGCUUCAGCUCUCUCCGUACCCUGAGGUCAAUUUCUCCCGAGGCUUGUAGCUGCUCUUCUCCAUGACCCCCCCCCCUGGCCCGGCUUUCUUCUCUGGGUGCUGCUAUCCCCCUGCAGGCACCCCGUCUCCAAUCCAAAAUUCCCCAACUCCCACGAUAGGUGCGGAGGGGGGGCAGGCCUGCCUCCCUCCUCUUGCAAACCCCACUUCUUUCAGAAAAACCAUUAAAAAGCUGUCUCCCGUGCAGGUGCCCCCACCCGCUCCCACCCCAGGACAGCUUUCCAGGGCUCUUUGGCCCACGGCCGUCUUGACAGGAGGGGAGGUCUGGCUUUCCACUCGACCCACAUCUCCACGGAGCCUCUGCAAGGCGGUUCCCUCUCCCCAUGGCCGUGUCCUCUCCUUUUCUCAUGGGGGUCUCCUGCUUGGAAGACGUCAGGGAGCAGCCUGGCCAGGACAGCCAGGGGCUGCUCUCUGGUCCCUGCACAGCCGCCCUCUGCUGUUGCCCUGCCCUCCAGCCGAUCCUGCUCUGCGCCCCGAAGAGGGUCUUGGCUACCUUGGGUGAUGUCUGCUGAUUCUGGGGGCCCGGAAUCCCCAGGCUCAAUCAUACGUACAUAGAAACACCAAAUUCUGCGGUGAUUUGCAAAUGAACAACUUCCUGUUGGAAUUCCUCCCUACCUAGCACUGCUGGUGUCUCAUCGCUUUCAGGGGUGGCACUCAGGAUAAGCCUGCCUUGGCCUUAUCAUGGAAACUCUGACUUGUUCUGGUAAGAAUAUUUUUUCUGUUACACCCCCAUAAACCAGAGUGAGUAAGAAUCCCUUCCAAAACACGUCCUUCCUCUUUUUCACCAGCCUUCAACCUGUGGUGCUCCAGGGGUUAGGUAGGACAGUCUCGGCAACUCCGUUGUGGGAUGGUGGCCAAAUCCUCUGAUUUCCCCUCUGUGGAUGGGAUGUAGGUGCAGGGACAGCACCCACCCUCCCCUUCCCCCCCCCCACUGCUAAAGAUGUAGCUUGAGACCAUGCUUGUUCCUAGCUAAUGUCUUCAUCAACUUUUGGGUUUACCAUCCUGCAUAAUGUGUAUUGGAGCACAAGGAAAAAUAGGUGUCAACCAAUUUCUCUUAGAUGCUGCUUUAUCUGGGGCAGGCCUGGGUCAUCCGUGUUUAUAGCCACGUUUGAGUGAGCCAAGGUUACCUAACAAAGAUGGAGGUUCAGACAGGUGGCACAACUCUAGCUGGUCCAGUGUUUUGGUGGCCCCUUGCAAGCCUCCUUCCACCACGUAUCCUUCCGUCUCUCCAGACUUUCAUGGCACUCUGGCAUGACCCUGGCCUGCAGGCUGGCUUCUCCCAGCCUUGGCACAAGGAACAGGGUAAGGCAACUACUCUGUCCCAGGGAUGUUUUGCCAUCAGGCAGAGGCAUCUUUCUGCAGUUGUAACUGGGAACUCUUCUCCACCCCCACCCCUCCCCCCAUAUUUAUCCUUUCCAACUCGCAUCCCUUCCUUGCAACAAUCUGACCCUUAGCUAUCUGCUGGUCCAGAUCUGAGGGAGACCACAGAGGGUCCAUCUUCUGCUGCCCCAAAAAGGAAACGAGCGCAGACAGGUUAAUAAUUUUUAUAAUUUUUUCCCAUUUCACGGGCCUUGGAAAUCAAACAACCGUGAAGCCACCUGGAAGCUCAAUAAAGGAAUGAAAGCCAGGCCAGCCUCCCACAUACGCCUCUUUGCCUCACCUCACACAGAUGCUGCUGGGAAAGUGGGCAGCUUUGCUGGCCGUGGCCGUGGCAAUGGAGGCCAUGGCUGCUUUUCCCUCCUCACUGCUGAUUCGGAAAGAAUAUGAAAACCUAACCUUGAACUGCUCCAGUUCCCCUGGAGAACAAGUGGAGUGGAAGUGGAAGGGCGACACGCAGCAGGAGUCAGGCCGAGAGUUUGUCAUCUACAAUCUGGACUUCCCAUUUGCCGGAAACUAUUCCUGCUGGGCCGGAUCCCGGCUGCUGGAAAGCUUCCAUGUGGCCCUGGGGGUUCAUCACAGCUACUUCUUCAAGGCGGAAGGAGCAAAGGAAGAACCGGAAGAACCGGCCAUCAGCUGCUGGGCUACAUCGUACAGCGGCACCUUGAGCUGUUCCUGGAAGUCUCAGAACACGGCGACUUUUCUGGCCCACCUGAAACGCAAAGACACAGAGGCUGUGCUGUGCCCCUCCACAGAAGUGGUUCUCCUGGGGAACAGAGUGGUGGAUAUCCAGUUCAACAAUUGUUCCUUCUGUCCUUAUGCGGAGGAGGCGCCCCUCACCCCCCUCGUCCUGGUGCUGAGGGGGCUUUCUGAAGAUGGUGGCGGCUACAGCGAAGUGAAGAAGACUUUUCUCUUGCGGGAUAUCGUGAAGCCCGAUGCUCCGGCCUACCUGAAGGUCACAGGGCAGACGGUCUCCUGGGCUCCCCCAGCCUCCUGGGACCUGCCCGCCACCUACUUCCCCUUGCAGUACAACCUCCGCCUGGAGUCGGCUUCCGGCAGCAAGGAGAACCACCUCCUCCUCGCCGAGAGGGAGCUGACCACGAAGCAGAAUUGGAGCAAGGCGCAGAUCCGCUGCAAGGACGCUUUGAUCAGCUCAUCUUGGAGCUCUUGGCAGGAAUGGAAGAAAUGAGGACAUCAGCCGGAACUCUCCCCCCCUCCCCCUCCCCGUCCUUCUGCAGCUCCGGCUCCCCACCCCCACCCCCACCCCUCCCAGGUGCAGACUAGGAGUGAGCCAAGCGCAAUCGCAGAAGCA